UGUUUGUGAAAUUGAAAAUAGUGUUUGACAUUUUGAGUGACGUUUCCUUAUUUUCUCGGUAGUUAAUAACGGCAAAAAAACUAGGUUAUAUUCCCAUUAUAUUAAUUCAAAAUUAUGGCAAGCGGUUCAAAAAAACGUAUAAUGGUGGAAACAAAAAAUUUAUCAAAAGACCCUCCCCCUGGAAUCAGUGCCAUUCCUGAUGAAUCAAAUUGCAGGUACUUUCACGUAGUAAUGGCGGGGCCGACGGGUUCUCCCUACGAGGGAGGCCUAUUCAAGCUCGAAUUGUUCCUUCCGGAGAACUAUCCUAUGUCACCUCCCAACGUUAGAUUUCUGACUAAAAUAUAUCAUCCAAAUAUCGAUAAAUUAGGGAGAAUUUGUUUAGACAUCCUUAAGGAGCAAUGGUCACCGGCCUUACAAGUAAGAACAGUAUUAUUAUCGAUACAAGCUUUGCUCAGCAGUCCCAAUCCUGACGAUCCACUAGCUAACGACGUAGCAAAUAUGUGGAAAAGUAGGGAGGAAGAUGCUGUACUCAGGGCGAAAGAGUGGACGAGGCUGUAUGCCAUGGAAUAAAUUUGCAUCAAAAUGAACGUGUAGUAUAGUGUCAGAAAACUGACUGUGAUAAACAUGUUAAAACGUAAAAUAAUAUAUUUUGUUCUGUUGAGUCAAGGCAAUUUUUGGACAAAUAUGUACUGAUUAAAAUUAGUCAUAAAUUUUGUACUCGGGUAACGUUAAACUAUAUUGUCCAAAAUUGUUUUUUUUUAAUAUUCCAUUCCUAAUAAAUUUUAGUGUUUUUCAGGAACAAAAUUUUAGUUAGUGAUGAUCUGUUAAGCAGAAAGUGUACGUUAUCAUAUGAAUAUGGUAAAAAACCUAACUUUCAUAGGCAGAGGUAACUGACAUUGUUAAGUUUCAAAUCUUCAAAAACAACCGUUUUCUCAAUCUGAAGUUAGUUCAGAAUACAAAUCAUUGAGCAAAAAGGCAGACUGAUUAUACUGAAUGCUAUUAUAAAACAACAGUCCAAGUAGAUGAAAGUAAUCUUUGGAUGAAAUGACAAAUAGAUCAUAAAAUAUUGUAGAGAAUCUCAACUUAAUAAUGCUUAUUCAUCAGUGAGCAAUACACAAUACAUUUUAAGUAAAUGCGUACACUUUCUGUCGAAAAGAAUAUAUUCUGUUUGUCAUAACAUUUUGAUAUUGUAGUUACCACAAACCAGGGUAAUGAUGACAACUAAUUUAUUCCAUUUUUUAUAUUGUAACCUCAUUUGCAAACAUGAUAGUUUCAAUUACA